GUCCGCCUCAUGCGGCGCGUCUUGGGCAGGAUCUGACCCGGAGCCAGCGCCGGCCAGCAGCUCCGCGCCCGGGAGACUCGUAUGUUCAGGUCCAAACGGGCCGGGCUCGUGCGGCGCCUUUGGAGAAGCCGGGUCCUCUCCGACAGGGGCGGCGGCGGCGGAGGGGAUGGCGGCGGCGGCAGCCUCCGCGGGAGCCAUGAGCCAGGCGGCGACGGGAGCCCGGCCGGCGAGGGGCCAGCGGUGAGCCGCCGAGGCGCCGUCCGGGAGCCGGCCGCGGGAGAGCGGCCCAUGGCGCACGGCGAGGGCGACCCUCCGGCAGCCCCCGAGGUGGCGGAGGCGGAGGAGGGCUGCGGCGGCGCCGGCGAGAGGCCGUGGCGGGCGCAGGAGAGCGACGGCAAGACGGUGACCUGCUGCCUCUUCACGGAGCGGGAGCCCGACGGCGCCUCCUCGGCGGCCCGGGAGCUGCUCGCCCGGGAAGGGCGCUGCGGACUGGCGCUGCUGGAGCAGGAGCUCAAGGCCGCCACCUACGCGCUGCUCAAGCGCCUCAAGGAGCGCGCCCUCGACAGCCUCCUGGAAGCCGUCGAGUCCCGCGGGGGAAUGCCCAGCGGCUGCGUCCUGGUCUCCCGCGCCGAGGCACGCCUGGGCGGCCCGGCGGCCCCGCCGCACCUCCUGCUCGGCAAGCUCUUCCGCUGGCCGGAUCUCCAGCACCCGGCCGAGCUGAAGCCCCUGUGCGAGUGCCGGAGCUUCGGCCUGCCCGACGGCCCCACCAUGUGCUGCAACCCCUACCACUUCAGCAGGCUGUGCGGGCCAGAAUCUCCACCCCCUCCUUAUUCUCGGCUAUCUCCAAGUGAUGAACCCAAGCCGCUGGAUCUUUCCGAUUCCACGUUGUCCUACACUGAAACGGAGGCUACGAACUCUCCCAAUAUCACACCCGGAGAAUUCUCAGAUGCAAGCAUAUCACCGGACAUGAUUAAACAAAGCCACUGGUGCAACGUUGCCUACUGGGAGCAUCGGACUCGUGUGGGACGCCUCUAUACCGUGUACGAACAAUCUGUCAGUAUAUUUUAUGACCUACCUCAAGGAAACGGCUUCUGCCUCGGACAGCUUAACCUGGAGAACAGGAAUGAGACUGUCCGGAGGACUCGAAGUAAAAUCGGCUAUGGGAUUUUGCUCAGCAAAGAACCAGACGGCGUGUGGGCGUACAACCGCAGCGAACACCCGAUUUUCGUCAACUCCCCAACGCUGGACAUUCCCAACUGUCGGACUCUGAUUGUGCGCAAAGUGAUGCCGGGCUACUCGAUCAAGGUUUUUGAUUAUGAGAAGUCUUGUCUCUUACAGCACACCACUGACUUGGAGUACCCAGAUGGGCCUUAUGACCCAAACAGCGUCCGGAUUAGUUUUGCCAAAGGAUGGGGACCUUGCUACUCGAGACAGUUCAUCACUUCUUGCCCGUGUUGGCUAGAAAUUUUGCUCCGCAACAACAGAUAGCUGUUGGCCUUUGAGGAGGAGAGCCGCCACAGAAUACAGACAGUCACCAAAUAUCAUCUACCUAGAUUUAAUAUAAAGUUUUAUAUAUUAUAUGAAAAUAUAUAUUAUACUUGUAAUUAUGGAGUCAUUUUUACAAUGUAAUUAUUUAUGUAUGGUGCAAUGUGUAUAUGGACAAAAAACGGAAAAUGCACUUUGGCUUAUAAGUCUUUUUCAAUACAGAUUUUUUUAAAAAGAGGGGAAAAAACUAUACAGCAAAUAUUGGAAUAGCACCAUAAUAUAGCUGUAUAGUUUUUUUAAAAAAAAAGACAAAUACCCAGACAAAAAGCUAAUACCAGUCACUCACUCAUUGAUAAUAAAGUAUUUGCAUUAUA